AUGGAUCCAGCAGGAGCAUCGGUGGCCAACGACAUCGGAAUUGGAGGAGAAGGCGAGAAAUUCGCGGUGGGGAAUAUUUAUUCCGUCAAAGUGAUCACCGGAGAUGAGUUCCGAGGGAUCGUGAUGGCUUACGACCCUAUUCCCAACUUCGUCUUUUUUGAUAUCCUUCCCAAGGGUUCGAAACCUAGACCUGGGCAUUCGAAGAAUACUCGGAUGGUGAAUGCGAAAUUCAUUACAGGGCUUUCGUAUUUGGGGAAAACCGAAGAUCCACUUGUUACAGGCAAGUUUCCGGUUGAUAUCGAUCUCGAAGGACUCCGAGCUAAAGAGGCACUUGCUAUCAGGCAAGCGGAAGCAGAUGCUGAGAGAAUGGGAGUUGGUGUUACCGCUGAGGCUCAGAGCAUCUUCGACGCUUUGUCUAAGACGCUUCCUGUGCAAUGGGAAAACUCAGACAUUUUGGUGAUGAAAGAAGUACGAGUUCGUAGCCCGUAUCUUUCAGAUUGUGUCUUUGGAGGAACUGAUGCUGCCAAUAACCGAGUCAAGAAAGUGCUUGAGCUUGAGAGACGGAGGUUGCAACUCUUUGGCACAUGA